GGGGCGGGACAGCUCGGCUGAAGCACGGCGGCCGGCGCCGAGCGGGCAAGGGCACCAAUACGCAGCGCCCGGGCAGCGGUGUCUCGAGGGCCGCGGCGCGGGCGCACGGGGCAGUCAGGGCGCGGGUGGGCAGGGUGCACAGCCAGCCAGCCCCGGGCGCCAGAAUCCAGCUCUGCCGAGCCGGGAGGGGCGUCGCACCCGCAGCAGCCUACAGCAGUCUCGGAACCGCGGGGUGCCCAUGACGGCCGCGGCGACAGUGCUUAAGGAGGGCGUUCUGGAGAAGCGCAGUGGUGGGCUGCUGCAGCUGUGGAAGCGGAAGCGCUGCGUGCUCACCGAGCGCGGGCUGCAGCUCUUCGAGGCCAAGGGCACCGGCGGCCGGCCCAAGGAGCUCAGCUUCGACCGUAUCAAGGCUGUCGAGUGUGUGGAAAGCACUGGGCGCCACAUCUACUUCACGCUGGUGACCGAGGGCGGCGGCGAGAUCGACUUCCGCUGCCCCCUCGAGGACCCUGGCUGGAACGCCCAGAUCACCCUAGGCCUGGUCAAGUUCAAGAACCAGCAGGCCAUCCAGACAGUGCGAGCCCGGCAGAGUCUUGGGACCGGGACCCUCGUGUCCUAAACCACCAGGCGUACCAUCUUAACCUUCAUGCUCCCCACCACCGCUGGUGCUUGGAGGUCAUGUCAGGUAAGGAAGUCCCUAGAGGACUGAGCCUUCUGUUUUCUCCUUCCUUCCCUUGUCUUCUUUCCCUACUGAGUCAGGGACCAGCAUUCCUCUUAAAAGCCAGACAAUCCUAGGGAAGGUUCCUGUGGCUAAAAGAGAUUAGGGACCCAGGAGUCUGAACAUGAGAGGCCUGGGCCAGUGGCCUACUGACCUGAGCUGGAUCUUCCCUGGGGCACCAGGAAGGAGGGUCUUGAAUGUGACCCAGGCAUCUGACAGAAAGAUGGAAGCCCUGGGAGGAGACCCCAGGGUGGGGGAUGGGCCUUCCCACAGGUUGGUUCAGCCCUGACUCAGGUGGAGGACAGCUGGCCUGCACAGUCUCCCAGGUUGUAGGCCUCUACCCCAACCCAGGGAAGCUUCUGAACUGGUUUUUUGGCUGCUGGGUAGAACCAAGGGUGGAGAUGAGUGGUGGAGAACUACCCUCCUUUCUAAGAUGAACGCCUGUUUUAGACUUUGAACAUGGAAUUGAUGCAGAAAGACAAUAUCCCUGUUAGCAAAGGAGUCAUCAAGGGUUGGGAACCCAGCCAAGGAGUCCCAGCACCUGGUGGAGCCUCAAUGCUUCCCUGCCCCCUUUGGCUGGAGGAGGCAUGACUGUGCUUCAUGUGGCGAGGCAGAAGCCAUGGACAUGUGGAGGAGGCACUGGAGCUGAGGGAAUGGACGGAGCCCAGGCAAGAGGGCAGAAGGCCUUGAGGGGCUGAGGAUGAAGAUUCAGCCCUUCCAUACUCUCAGACUCUCAGGACAUGCCCAGCUCAGGGUCAUCUGGCCACAGGCUGGCCUCAUUUAGCACAAUGGAGAGCUGGCAUCAAAGACCCCUCCCUGCUGUGGUCCUGCCAUCUGUCUUGCAGACUGCUGUUACCCCCCUGGCUUUGUGCCAUGCCUGGAGGAGGGCAUUCCCAAGGUGGGGAGAAUGGCAGUAAACCAACGCCUCAGAACUCAGAAGGCCAGCCUGGUACCCAGAGGAGGAACUAUGCUGGGACAGUCUCUGGACUCACCUUAAGAAGGGGGUAGCUGCUGGGCCUGAGGCCCACACCUGGGGGUCUCCUGCUGCUUAGGUCCUUUUGGGACCCCCACCCAUCCAGGCCCUUUCUUUGCACACUUUUCCCCCCACUCUACCCAUUUUCCCCCCACUGUGGUAUUAGGCCUGGAAGUGGUGGGGGUGGGAGUGGGUUUGGCCAUUACCAUUUCAUGCCUAUCCCAAAUUGAAGAUGGCCUGCAAAGGCAUCUGCUGAGUAAAAUUCUUUAUGCACAGAGA